AUGAACUCGCAAAUGCUGCUCCGCUUUGCGGCUCGUCGAUUUCCCACGAGCAGUGCUAGUCGGUUUCGCACUAGUACGACGACGACAAGACUUAGUAGUCGAGCUUUCAGCAGUGCCUUGCCGUCGGAAGAUCAUGAAUCGGAAUCCUUUUUGACGGGGACAUCGAGUUUGUAUGCCGAGCAAAUGUACGAGCAGUACUUGGAAGAUCCCUCGUCGAUCCAUUCCUCUUGGAAACGGUACUUUGACAAUCUGCAAGAAGGAAAACCCUACGAUGAAACCGACUUUAACAAACCCACGGCAGCGGCAUCGUCUGUCAAACGGGCCUUUGCGGGGGACGCUGCUCCAUCGGAUUCUCUGGCCGUGGCUCACUUGAUUCGCGCUUACCAAGUGAAUGGACAUCAAGCCGCACGCCUGGAUCCACUGGGCAUUCAUGCCAAGGAAGCCUUUCCCUUUCGUCCCUGCAAUACCAUGGACCUGUCCAAUACCGAUGGCUGGCCUCCGGAAUUGACGCUGGAAUAUCACGGAUUUAGUGACGCCGAUCUCGAUCGCAAGCUCCAUUUCAAAGGACGAGGAAGCGGUGGAAAUAAAGGAUACCUCGAAGAAUUGUCACAAUCACCCGAUAAGGUCACUCUUCGGGGAAUCUUGGAAGAAUUGAGAAGGACCUACUGUUCUACAAUGGGAGUCGAGUACAUGCAUAUUGGAGAUCAAGACAAGAUGAAUUGGUUGCGACAACGCAUUGAAAAUCCCAAAUUCCAAAAUUACGACAAGGAAAAGAAACAACACAUUUUCGAACGACUGUGCUUUGCCGAUACCUUUGAAAACUUUUUGGCACAGAAAUUCAAUACCACCAAACGAUUCGGACUCGAUGGAGGAGAAGCCAUCAUCCCGGCACUCAAGGAUGCCAUUGAUCGAGCAUCCGAACUGGGAGCGCAUUCCUUUGUCAUUGGAAUGCCUCAUCGAGGACGGCUCAAUGUGCUGGCCAAUGUCAUGCGAAAACCCAUGCCACUCAUCUUUAGUGAAUUCCAGGGAACGCAUUAUGAUAUCAGUGAACAUACCAAGGGAGGAGAUGACUGGGGGAUGAGUGGAGAUGUCAAGUACCAUUUGGGAUCUUCCAUGGACCGCACGUAUCCCGAUGGAAGAAAGAUUCAUCUCUCCCUCGUGGCCAAUCCGUCCCAUCUCGAAUGCGUCAAUCCUGUGGUGGUUGGAAAGAUUCGAGCCAAACAGUAUUACUCGGGAGAUCGCCCGGAAGAUAUGCGAAAUGCCGUUCCCGUGCUGUUGCACGGAGAUGCUGCUUUUGCCGGACAAGGGGUUGUGUACGAAACUAUGCAAAUGGCCAAGGUACAAGAUUUCGACGUAGGAGGAACCAUUCAUGUCAUUGUCAACAAUCAGAUUGGAUUCACAACCAAUCCCAAAAACUCUCGGAGCACACCCUACUGCAGUGAUCUCGGGAAAGCCUUUGGAUGUCCCAUUUUCCAUUGCAACGGUGAUGAUCCAUUGGCAGUCUCCGCGGCCCUGGAGACUGCUAUUGAAUAUCGACACGAAUGGGGAUCCGAUGUCAUUGUGGAUAUGGUCUGCUAUCGUCGUAAUGGACACAAUGAAUUGGAUCAGCCCGCAUUUACGCAACCCAUCCUCUACAAGAAAAUCAACCGUCAUCCCACGGCGCUGCAAAUCUACGAAAAACGAUUGCUCGAUGAAGGGACACUGUCCAAGGAAGAAUGCGACGAAAUUCGGCAAUUCACAUUGGAGUCCUACGAAAAUGACUUGGAAGCCAGCAAAACGUACCGCAAAAAGGAAGACGACUGGCUGAGUUCCCAUUGGAGUGGCUUCAAGGGCCCGUCCCAGAAGAGUCGAAUCCGUCCUACCGGUGUAGAUAUUGAGGUCUUGCGAAAAAUUGGUGUCCAAUCCGGAACAGUGCCACCCGACUUUAAACUGCAUCGUCAAAUGGCCAAGAUCUUCAAGGCCCGCGUUGCCAUGGCAGAAGCUGGAGAAGGCAUUGACUGGGGAACGGCCGAGGCAAUGGCGUUUGGAUCUCUAAUGAUUGAAGGUAACCAUGUUCGCAUCACAGGACAAGACGUCCAGCGCGGAACCUUCAGUCACAGACAUGGCGUUGUGAAGGACCAAGACACAGAAGAAGAGUACACACCCUUGAACCACAUUGCUAAGCGAAUGGAACCGUCUGCUCCCAAGGAAGAGUUGGCACGCCCCGACACACAAGCUGGUUUGAUUGCUAGAAAUUCCAUUCUUUCUGAGUUCGCAGUGCUGGGAUUUGAGCUGGGAUACAGUUUGGAGAAUCCCAAUGCUCUCGUUCUCUGGGAAGCCCAAUUUGGAGAUUUCGUGAAUGGCGCACAAAUCAUGAUCGAUCAGUUCAUUUCUUCGGGAGAGGACAAGUGGCUUCGUCAGAGUGGCCUCGUAAUGUUGCUUCCCCACGGUUACGACGGGCAAGGAGCCGAGCACUCUUCGUGCCGUCCGGAACGGUUCCUGCAACAGGUCGACGAAGAUCCUCACCAUAUCCCAGAAAUGUCUCGUGAUGAUCGGAUGCAGAUUCAACAAACAAACUGGCAGGUUGUCAAUUGCUCGACUCCUGCCAGCUACUUCCACUGCCUGAGGAGACAAAUUCACCGCGACUUCCGCAAGCCAUUGAUUGUGCUCUCCCCCAAGAAUCUGUUGCGACACAAGAAAUGCGUGUCCAGUUUAGAAGAGAUGGGACCCGGAACCACAUUCAAGCGAGUCAUUGACGAGACAGACCUAGAGAUUUCUGGCAACCCUGACAGUGUCAAGACCCUUGUAUUCUGCUCGGGGCAAAUCUACUAUGAGCUCCUGGCCGAGAGAGAAAAGCGUGGGCGAAAGGAUGUUGCCCUGGUUCGUCUUGAACAGAUCGCCCCGUUCGCCUUUGAGCGCGUUGCCAAGAAUGCUGCCCUGUAUAAGAAUGCCGAGGUUAUAUUUGCUCAACAGGAGCCCAAAAACAUGGGUGCCUACUCCUACUGCCUUCCUCGCAUCAUGACGGCGACUCGUGAAAUUAAUGGUGACGAGAAGCGGGCUCGUUACGUCGGGCGUUCGGUGAGUGCAGCCCCUGCCACUGGAAUGGGUGCAGUCCAUCAGCAAGAGUACCAGAUGAUCAUGGAUGGAGUCUACGGAAAGGAGUAG